AUGACAACCCCUAUUUUGCCAGAAAAUCAGGACCUCAAUGAGGAGGCCUAUGACUCUGCCGAGGAUGAAGAUUUCGAGCUAGACGCGGCACCCGACGACUCCGACUUAUCUUCCGAUGCCGAUGAGGCCGCAGAACCCGCAAAGAAGAAACGAAAGACAGACACCCAAUCUCAAUUCCCCAAGGUUGCAGAACUCGACUCUGGAGAUGAAGCCACAAUCAGAAAAGCGAGGGAAAAGAAAGAAAAGAAGGCCAAGGGAAAGAAACCCAAGGGCAAACAUGCGCGCGAUAGCGACGAGGAUAAUGACGACAUUGACAUGGAUGACGAUGAAGGAGGAACAGGAGGAUUCGUACGAACACGCGCAAUGAAACAACAAACACAAGAAGAACAGCGCAAACCGCUGGCCGGAAUUGACGGCGCGACCGUGGAUAUAGACGCCCUUUGGGAGCAGAUGAAUGCCCCCCAAGGCCAUACCAGCUUGCAGCCACCUCAGACCCAGCAGAUACCCGAAUCCGCUCCCGAAUCCGAGCCAAUGAAUGCACAGGACCAGGGUGCCAGAGAUGCGGAACACAGAAUCGGCCAUGCCACGCACGUCGAUCAGAUGAUCAAGAUCAAGCGCACCUACAAAUUUGCCGGAGAAUGGAUCACCGAGGAGAAGGUCGUGCCCAAACACUCGGCGGAGGCUCAGGCAUUUUUGUCGGGUGGGGAGAAUGUCGAACACACCGAUGAGGAUGCCGCAGCAUCAAACGCCGCUCGUAACCUUCGGCGACCGCUUCGCAAGAUCUCGCGAUUCGACCCCAACCCGACCGGUACGAUUAAGAAGAGCUGGGAGAAGAAAGUCGUUGCUGAUGACAAGGGUGCGCGCGGACCCAAAAUCAACACCGUGGAAAAGUCAAGACUCGACUGGGCCUCGUACGUUGACUCGGCGGGUAUCAGGGACGAGCUACGCACACAUAGCAAAGCCAAGGAGGGUUAUAUCGGUCGCAUGGAUUUCUUGGGUCGUAUGGAAGACAAGAGGGAAGACGAACGGCGGGCUGCCCGGCUCAAGGGCGCAUGA